AAGUAGGUUGGCUUCUCUCACUAAAAACUCUCGGAUUACUUAUCUCUCUAAAAGCAAACUCUGACUUAAGCGUCGGAGUGCUAACGGGUGGUUCCAAGCCCACUAGACGUUUGCCUGUGCAGGAUCUAUACGCCUGUCGGGAAGCACAUUAAUUAAAGACGAGAAGUCGGGUUCUGAAGUACCGUGGCUUCAACAAUAUUAUUUGUAAAAAAAAAAAAAAAAGACUUGAGGUUCCCGCGGAGUUGCAGCCAACGCCCAGAAUCAGUGGCUGCUUUGUUGCCUAUUGCCUAAUAAGUAAUAAGUAAUAACCAUUCCCUCCACUGCGCAAUGCCAAUCAACUAACAUCCAAUUCUUCGUUUCGAUAAUAAAAAUACAUUUCGUCCCUUCGGGGACAUCCGAUAAUAAAAAUACAUUUCUAUUCGUGACCGCCACGUGUCCACUAUCGGGAUAGAUGUAAUGGAAAGCUAAAGCCUCCCCUUAUAAUAGAAGCUGCCGUUCAGCAGCUACCAAAAAGGAGGCGGAGAACAAAAUAAGCAGAGAAAGAAAAACCGAAAAUGGCGUCGCUCAGUGCUGUAGCGCGACUGCGGCUUCCUCCGCCUUCACAUCAUCACAAGAUUCCUAGUCGGCGGCUGAGUCAGAAUCGCCACCAUCAGCAGCAGAAGGAGGUUUUCUAUCCUCUCCUUGCCACAUUCGAUUCUCCCCAAUCGGUCAUCUUUCCCAGGUCCAAAUGCGUCAUGGGACUGCAGCGGAGGCGGCGAAAUGGGUCCGCCGUCGUGUGGGCGUCUCCAUCCUCCAACUCCGAUCCGGCACCGACGACGAAGGAUGUUAAUGAAGAGAGUGGCGGGCAGGGUCCUCCAUUGCUCACAAUUCUUGCUGGGUUUUUGGUGUUCUUAGGGUUUUGUUGGGUUGUAGUUACUAUUGGUACAUGGUUGUUCAACCUCAUUGCCUUUCCCCCUCCUCCGAAAUAGGCAUUAGCCGUCUUCUCAACUUUGUUGCAGCUCUCUGGUUUCUGCUUUUUUGUUGAUGUCUAAAGUUAAUGUUAAGGAAAUGUAGCUACCAUGCCAUUCCAUGGCUUUCUCCUUUCUAGUUGGAUUUCAUUCUUGUGCAUUGGGUGCACCCCACAAGACAUUUAACCUCAAGCCAAAAUCUUUGGCGUCAUAGUAUAAUAAUAGUAAAAGAGUCUGAACUUUGACCAUAAUGAACGAGGAGGUUCUGAAUCAGGUUCACUCUCUUGUAAUUUCAAUCCGACAUUAUAGUAUAUGAUUCGAGUUCGACCCGUCUAAGCAAUGAUUGAUACAGAAUGAGUAGAUGAUUAGCAAGAAGGAAGCAGUUGUUGUACAUUGGGAAGGAAGAAUCAAUUGGAAUUCGAGUU